AUGCUUGCGUGUUGUCGUGCUCACGUUUUGUCAUGCCCAUGUGUCGUCGUUGUCGCCGUCCUCAUGUGCCGUGCAUGGGUGGUUGCUGGCGUCGUGCCUGUCGUGGUGAGAACAGAGGAAUGGGGUGGUGGGGCAUAUGUACCCCUUGCCCAUGACGUUGCCACGUCAUGGGCGUUGUCCCUCGUCCUUGGUCCAUUGUUCCGCGCUGGGGGUGUCGUUGUCAUUAGCGUGGGCAUCAUGCGAUGUGAUGAUAUGGCACGCCCUCAACUAUCACUGACCCACACUAUAUGUAUAGCUUGUCUAUUUCCACUGGACUGGGACUGGACUCUGAAAAGUGGCUGGCAGUCCAGUGGGAGUCCAGUGGACUGGACUGGACUGGACUGGACUGGACUCCAGUGGACUGGGCAUUCUGCCAGCCAAUCUGGCCUGAAAACCCAGUACAACUUUGUAGUCCCAUGGGAGUACAUGCUUGAGAUACUCCAGUUGGCCAGGAAAUUUUUCCUCUUCAAAGGAAUCAAUGUCGAUGAUGGUGCACUGUGCAUUUUUGGUGCUGGCUGCAGCUGA